UUUCCUUUGUUUUCAGCUGCGCAGUAAUACCAAUAUUAUCAAUUGAAUUCUCAUCAUGCUGUUUCCCAAAACGCUCUAUUCAAUGUGUACGUAAUAUUGGCAGCAGUGGAUUCGUGUUUUAAUUUUUUACGGUACGUAUCUUCGUUGCUCCAGCUCCAAGCGGCGGAGGUUAGUGAAGCAAGUGAAGAUAUGUUGUGGGUGGUUAUGUGAGAGCAUGCGAAUAUGAGGCGGUACGAGGAAUGAGAGGUGGUUUGGAUGAGAGUCUAGAAAUGAUUAAGAUCUCGAAGAGUGAACUCGUCGGAUUGCCUCAUCGUCACACUGAAGAAUGAUUCAUUGUAUUCGUGAUUUGUGUAGGGGGGAAGCUUUUCCGUUGGAUGAAAACAAAUGUAGCUGAUAAUGUGUCGUUAAUAAACGUAAUGUGCGCGAGUGUUUAAAAGAAGAGAGAUUGUAAUUUUGUUCGUCGUGAGGUGAGUGUGGUGCAUUUCGUGUGUCCUUAGUAUUUUGGAGCGGACUGGAGAAUGUUUGACAUGAUCGAUGUUAUUCAGAUGACGAAAAUUUCAAAACAUUAUUUAUUAGAAUAUCAAACGCUUUUGGAUACUUACGAAAUGCAAGCACCAAAUGUUACUAGUGGUUUCAGAGUUAUAGAUUUUUCCGAUGAUAUUAGCGAUGUUGAUUAUACAUCAGAUGAUUGGAGCAUGAAUGAGAGUUACUCUGAAACCUCAGGAGAAAUGACGAACUCUGUUCAAACAAAUCUUCUUCCAAAUCCUCCAGAAUAUUCUGUUUGUGCUGGCAGCAAACCUUUAUCAAUAAUUAUUCGACGAUGUAAUACUCCUACUGUUGCGUGUUCUUCUCCUGUACAGGAAAAUGACCAAGAAAAUCCUUAUGUCAAAGGUGAGUCUCUACCAUCCGAUCAAUGUGAUGUGACUAAUUCAGUUACUUGUCCAGAGGAAGAGCAAGUGUGCUGUAGAGAGUCAGACACUGAUGCAAUAUGUAAUACUAGCGAAUCAGUUAAUAUUGUGAAUACAAGUACAGGAGAAAAUGUAUUAAGUGAAGGUAAGGAGGAAAAUACUAAUUGUUCGAAAGGGAUUACUCCUUCUACCAGUCCAAGCAAAGAAGUAAUUAUUACUGUCAAUGAUUGUGAUAAGAACAGUGAAGAUAAGGAUAGGGGUUGUGCUAAAAGAUCUGAAGAAAUCUUUCCAAUACUGAAUGAGGAGAACUCUUUUACAGAAGUUAGUUUAUUGCCCUGUUUAGAAGAAAAAAGUCAAAAUGACAGACUUUCAUUUUUCUGUACUGAGGAAAAUAAAGUAUUGGAUGAUGUUAUUCAGAAAGUUGUAGAUGAUUUGUGUCCUAAUGGAAAAGAAAUAUUGAGUUCUUCAGAGUACGUCUCUUGUUCUCUUGUAGAAGAGAAUUGUUCCAACAAUAUUGAAAGAGAUAAAAUUAUUGUGCCAAAGCAAGAGUCCCAUCUGAGAGAUGAACUAAAUCCUUGUAUAAAUGAUGUUUCCUCCAGUAGUAAUAAUAUUAUUUUUCAUCCUCAAGUAGACAAUGUUAAUUUGAAUUUUACUGAAGAAACUGCAGAGGACCUAGAAGUGAGUUAUUUGACUAAUUCAUUCUGUCAUGAGAACAGUGAUGUGCUACCUAGUAAACAUAGUGUUAUUGAAAAUUGUGUAACAGUACAAAGUACUUUAUGUCUGAAUGAAAGUUUGGAAAUUCAUCCCUCUGAAUUAGUUGAUGGGUGGCGGCAAUCAAAUUGUUCACCAUUAUUAUUUUCAUCUGAUGAUGAAAGUUCUUCCAUUACUGAUGAAGUGAACAGAGGAAUAGAAGCUGCUUUGGCACCUUCUCCACAGUACAAUGCAGUUCUUUCUGAGGAAAAGAAGAGAGUAGGCCGACUUCAGGAAUUACUCAUGGGUGCCCCACCUCCACCUGCAGUCACAAUGCCACUUCACAGUGCCUCAGACAUGCUAGAUGCUCUGAAAGACCCUGCUCAUUGGGUAAUUUCAGACACAUCAGCAACCUCUUGUUACAGCUCACAGAUGCCUUGGUAUCAGGAAGCAGCCUCUACGCCUUGGCCACAAGUGAAGUGCUUGCAAUACCCAAGCAUUCACUAUAACCAUGGCAGCAUAUCUGAACAGUUUGAAAGCUUGUGUCAGAAACUGUUGGCUCGGUGUGUGGGAACAGAGACAGCUUCCUCGGUAACUGUUUGGUCCUCGUUUACUCUGCCUGUACCUCGCCGUGAGCGUCGGACACUGACAGCUCGUCGAUCUGGUACAGAAGCACCAACAGGAUUGUCACCAGGACGGCGCUUAAGCCAUUUGGCAAGGCGACAUCGCACAUUUAGCAGUGCAGCUCUUUUGAACGAUGGUGCCCGAUUGCACUCUACCUUGCCUCAUGUAGCACCUGAGAGGCGUACCAUUUUGGUGGAGGGCAGGAGGAAGGAGAGUAGAAAACAACGUUCCUCUCAAAAAAAGAAUCUUGCUGACAGGUCAAGGGAUGCACAAGCUAUGAAACUAAAUUCAUCAAAGCGUGCAUUGUUUCAAAGUCCAACUGAAGAGAAAAAAGCAAGUGUUCCUUCAAAGUUUCGUCCAUCAAGUGCUUCUGCCAUUCGCUCGAAACGUGCCUUGUUUGUGAGUGACCAAACUGAAAGCCAAAGCAAGCCUCCAGGAACGAGUAAUGGAGAAAGCGCAAGCGCAAGUGCAAGUGCUAGUCGGAAACGAACUCGUGCUGAGAGUGAGGAGGAAAUGUGUGAAAGACUUCCACGUCGGAGAUUGUUUAGUGAUACAGACACAAAUGCAUUUCCUGUUACCAACAAGAGCAGUUCUCGACAGUCAGAACUGAGUUCCACCCACAAAAAGAAAUUGUUGUGGGCGGUCGCUGAAGCUUUAAAGAAACGCAGUGUGGGUUUCUCACACCCACAGUUCCGUGCAUGCGCAGCAGCACUGGCUUCCACCUGCCGGGGCCACGUGCAUGAAGUGCUUGCAUUGCGUCAAGGUAGCACCAGCGAUCGCUUAUUGCAGUUGGCUCUUCGCUUCGUGGAUGGGGCUGUUGCGCAGCAUAUCAAAGGACACCCUCCAAGUGAACAAACCAAAUGCAAAGAAGUGGGAUAAAUACCUUCUCUAAAGGAAACCAUUUGGAGAUAACGGGAGAAGAGGAGCUGAGCUCCACGUGGGUCCCAAAUCAAUUUUAUGGCCAUAUAGGAAACCAAAGUGGAAGGCUCUUGGAACAGUUCAUCUUCUCUAGAACACUGAAUUCUGUGCAUAUCAAGGACAAUGUUCAGUUAAGCAUAUAAUUGUGUAAUAUCUCUGUACCUCAUGUUCACCUAAUGUUCAAUAUUAAUGGCUGUGAUACAAAUGUACAAUAAAUAAUCUGGGAACUGUCAAGAGGAUAAAAUAAUUUUGCCUUAUUUAAUAUGAAUUCAUAGAAUUGGUGAGGGCGCAUUCAGAUUCACAGAAGACUGAGAUCAAGAAACUUGCUGGUUUUAGAAAAACGAUUCAAUUAUUGUUAAAAAAUAAAAAUUAUGCCUUGUGGGGUUAAAAUGACAUUGCAUGACGGGCAUCUGGAAAUUUUGAUGUGUAUGGCAAUUUCACAUACAUUGAAGAUUUGUUUGUAUGCUAUUUGUGUAUAAUUUGAGAAAUUGUAAUUGUAUAUUUCAUCUAUUUUUCAUGGAAAUAAUGAAAAUGUGUAUAUAACAAUAAGUAUCUAAUGAAUGCAUGUGUGAGUGCUUGGAAUUGUGUGUAGUAAAGUAAAAAUAUGAGUGAGAAAUUCUAAAAAUAUUAUGUACAAGCAGUUGAUGUUUUGCCUUAAAUAUUUACAACUUGUGAUAAAUUAGUGCAUUUUUAUUUUUGACUGAAUAAAUUGACUGGUUGACAAUAAUCUUGUUUU